AGGAGUCCUAAUGUCAACUCCUACCUUAUCGACCCCAGAGCCCCCAGCUGACCAUCCUCCCGACCCUGCCGUUAUUGCCGAGGGUGAGGCCACGAGCCCCGACACACAACUCCAAUCUGUUGGCUGCCCUCAACAUUCAUCACGGCCUAACUUCCCACAGGGAGAUCCUGCCUUUACUCCCUAUGCAGCUAUGUAUGACCUCAUGUCUACUAAACGGGAUACAGAGCCUUCUGAACUUCCUCCUCAGGAGUCACGGAUCCCUAUCGAUGCUACGGAGAGCUUUCCAAUCAGCAGCGAUGCAUUUGAAGGACGCAUCGUUGUGAUACAUCGUCCUCCUGACCCAAAUAGUCCUUUCCCCUAUUAUGGGUAUAUGGGUAAGAAGCGGAGACGUUGGGAGCUCCGAUGGCAAGGACGGUUCAAGAUAAAGCCAAGCUCGGCAUUGUUUUUUGGAAUAGAGGCAACACAGCCUCUCCCCGAGCUGGGAUUCGUUGCGAAGUCUGGGAUACGUCUCGUUCUAUCAAUCGCCACACGCUUGGCAGCUGCUAGAGGGACUAUGUUGUUGACAAACUACCCCAACUCUGAUCCAUCGAGGAAUACUUUUUUCACCUUUCCUCUAGUCAGUGCCGAUACAUGUAUUGUAUCGGACUUGGACACACCUCCUAAUCAGCUUCCCGAUAUCACUGCCGACAAAGCCCUCACAGGCAAAGUGACCCAUGACUACUUGUUUGACACCGAGCAUAUCUAUACUUUUUGCUAUUAUUCGAUGUACAUAGACUUUGUGACUUGGGAUUUACGCAACCUACCCGUUGUCAGUGGUACGUCCUUGUGUACGUUCACUGGUCAUCAACCUAUCCAUGUUAUCAUCAAGGAUCAAGAAGAUGACUAUUUUAUGGACGUGCUUAUAGCGCACAGAUGCCUCUCCCCAGUGUGGGCAGAUUAUAUCGUGCCUGAUGAGUCAACAGGAGUACUCAGUCUGACGAAGCGUAUGUCAAGUUCCACUGAUAGUAUGGAAUUUGUCAGUUGUCACUCAUACUCAUGGGAGGAUGGUAGUGGCUCCUCCUCCUCAUCAUCAAAUGAGGUUGUAUCGGUUGUGGAAGUUGUAGAUGUUAUUGACAAGAAAGGGGACAAUGGCAAGACUGAUAAGGUUCUGGUUACUCGUAAGGUGAAGAUGCGCAAGCGUGACGUCGUGCUCAGUCCUUUCCGUCUUGCUAAGAAGGCUUGGUCACGAGCGUUCAUGCCAUGUUAUCCUGGGCGUCCUAGUGGGAUGCGUAGAUCUCGUUCCUUGAGUAUGCUUGGAACAGUAUCCGAGCCUCGACCCGUGAAGCAUCAUCAACACGAUGAUAAUAAUGAUAGUGGCAACGGUAAAGUCACAAAUCGUCGAGUAUCCGAUAACACUGAUAAUGUGAGCCGCCGACAUCAUGCAGCGUCAUCACCGAGUAAGGCACGAUCUCCUGGUAAAUCGUCCAAGAGUAAGCGGUCGUGAUCCGUCGUAGGGACUCACUACUAUGGAUACCUCUUGAUUCUUCGCUGCCGCUUUCUUCCCUGUGUUGACCCUCUACAACAUAUCGUAGCAAUUUGUGUCACCAUCAUCAUCGAAAUGACUUCACUUUCG